AUGGCCGUCGUGCACCUCUCCUCCCUCGAGGCCACGCUCUCCGCGAAGCUCGUGCUCGCCGGCGGCGGCGGCCGCUCGGAGCGCGACCGCGAUGUGCAACAGGCGCGGGCAGGGCUGAAGGCAGAGUGCCGCCGGCUGAUGAUCGAGCAGCCCGAGCUGGCGCGCACACGGAAUGCGGAGCGCACGCUGUGGCACCGCUGCGUUUACGACAGCGUCAAGUACUACACCCGCGCGGUGAGCAGCAAGCGCGCGCAGAUCCGGGCCAACAGAGACGGCCACCGGGACGACGGCCACCGGGACGAUGCGGCGGCGCGCGACGCGCUGCAGCACUCGGAGCGGCGGCUCGCCGAAGUGCUGCGCGACUCGAGCUCCUUCUACCAGCUCGCCGGCGUCGGCGACGGGAGCGGCGGCGCAGAGGCGGCCUCGUCGGGAGGCGGCGGCGACUGCGGCGGCGAGGGUCGGCCGGUGGUGGUUGUGGACGGGCUGAACGUGGCCCGCGACACGGAGGGCUCCGACGAGGGCCGGAGGGGCUCGGCGCGGCCGCUCUCGCAGGCGAUCCGCCGGCUGCAGGAGGAGGGGUACGAGGUGCACGCCACUCCUCCCCAGGUGCAUGCCAUCUUGCCGCGCUGGGCGCUCAACGGCGGGCCGGGCAAGUGCCUCGCCGAGCCGGAGCUCCUCUCGCCCUUCGUGCGCGCGUCGCUGCACCUCUCUCCCUCCGGCGUCGACGAGGACGGCUUCCUCCUCCGGCUCGCGCAGGACCGAGACGCCCUCCUCCUCUCAAACGACCUGUACCGCGACCACAUCGAGUCGGGUCUCGUCUCGCGCGAGUGGGUCGCGGCGCACCGGCUGCCCUACAUGUUCGUCCACGGCUCGCUCAUGAUCGAGUUUGGCGCCGGCGGCCCCUCCCGCGUCGCGUCCCACCGCCCGGGCGGCACGGGGCGGGCGCACGGCGGCGGCGGCGGCGGCGGCGGCGAGAGCGGCGGCGGCGGCGGCGGCGGCGAGAGCGGCGGCGGCGGCGGGAGCGGCGGCGGGGAGACGGGAGCGGCCGGCGGCGGGGAGGGGAAGCGGCGGCGCGAGGCGUGGAGACGGCUCUGUGCCGUGUCGCUGCUGCGGCUGGGCGACUUGGCCCGCUAUCGCGCCGUCAGCGAGGGCGGGCGCGACGCGGCUCAGAGGAAGAGGGCGCUCUGUGCCGCCGCCGCGUCCUACGGCGGGGCGCAGCAGCUCGAGCCGGGCUUGGGCGGCAGACGCCACUGCUACCACCAGCAGGCGGUGCUGGCGAGGGAGGAAGGGGUCACGCUCGACGCCCUCUUCGGCUACCUCCGCGCCCUUCUCGCCCCGGAGCCGUUCGCGCCCACGGCCCAAAACAAUCUCGACCGCCUCUGCGCCGAGCUCGCGCGAGGGCCUCCCCCGGCGCCGCCGCCGCCCCUGGCGAGCAGGGAGGCGGCGGACUGGUUCGAGGCGGCGGUCUGCCGACUCGUCGCCUCGGCGUGCCUCGGCGACGGGGCGGCCUCCGCAGAGGACCUGGCUGGCAGCAGGUCGCUGCUCCUGCAGCUCAGCGGAUGGCUGCGAGUCUCCGUGGCGCGAGCUGCCGCGCUGCUGAAGUGCCUCUUCUGUGCCGUCGCGCCGGCGGUGCAGCAAGCGUCGCAAGACGUGGCGGACGCUGGGCGAGAUCGGCGGUUGGCGCAGCUGCUCGGUGCCGUCACGCCGCUCGCACUGUGGGCGUCUCAACACGCGAACCGCCGUCUCUGGGCGCUUGCAGAGGCGGACCGGAGCGAUUUCGCCGCCGCGCUCGCGCGGGUGGGGAACAGCCUGCCCGCCGUCGCCCGCUCGGCGGCGGCCCCUCCGAUGAGCGCAGCCCUCGAGCGGCUGACCGGCUUCGCACCUCUCGCCCCCGCCCUCGCGGCGGCUGAGCGUGCUGCGCGGCGGCGUGGCGCGGCGCGGCGCGUCGUCGACGAUUCGGAUGCGACCGGGCUAGUCGCGGCGCUCGGCGGCUCCGCUUUCGCCGCCCUCCGCCACUUGGCCACCUCUUCGGCCAGUGGCGGCGGCACCGCCGCCGAUUUCGUUGGGCGCGACCGUUUCCCUCUUCAUUGGCAUCCGAGCACAGCGGCUUUCGCCACCGUGCCAGAGCUGCACCCGGCGGCGGCAUGCGCCCCCGCUACCCGGCAGGCCGCCUUCCCUGCCCCGCCGCCGCCGCCGCCGCCGUUGCCGCCGCCGCCGCCGCCGCCGCCGCCGCAAUUGGUACCGCCACAGUGGCUUGGGAUCGACGGCGACGGCGCAGACGGUACUCUCCCUGCUUCCGCCGCAGCAAGUGGUACUCUCCCUGCCUUCUUCUCCUCGGCGUGCACGCUGCCAGACGAGCCGCUCGAGCCGCCCGGGACGGCGCCACUGGGCACUGCGGCGCGGGGGCGAGGGCGGGGGCGAGGGCGAGGGCGAGGGCGAGGGCGAGGGCAAGCGUCGCUCGGGGUGGCGGGCCUGCUGCCAGUCUCUUGCGAUCCCUCUUGUCGGCGGAAUGGCGGAGGCGUCGAACAUUCGGGCGGCAGCGAGGAGGCGAGGCAGGUGCACGACAACGCCGUCCGCAUCCUCGGGGCGAGGAAGGUCGCGCCAAAACCGCCGCCCAAAGAAGAGGAUCCGGAGAUGAGUGGUGGGCUGUUGGCAGAGAUGGAGGCGUUGCUGGCAUUGGCGGAGGAGUCGACGUCGCGAGGCCCGGGGACGAUGGACAUGGCGUAG